AUGGAUGUGCCGGUUGAGUUCAAGUCUAAAUUGAAAGGGAAAGUGCUAAUAGACGAGUCGUACAUUGAUUCAGCACAUGUGUCAGGAAAGGGAUGGAGCGACGACACACUCGUGUCAGCAGGUGUAGCAGCGCCUAUAUCCAAAGGUGAAAGACUAAUCUUUUUACACGCUGGUGGGGAAAUGGGGUUUAUUCCCAACUGUUUGACAAUGUGGAAAGCGAGUAAAAAAACGGGGGACUAUCACGAUAAUGUAAAUAGUGAUACGUAUGUUAAGUGGUUGAAUGAAAAGUUACUACCCAAUUUACCACCAAGGUCUGUUGUCAUAAUUGAUAACGCGUCCUACCACAACAAGCAAAUUGAUAAAUGUCCAACUUCUAACUCUACUAAAGCGGACAUGCAACAGUGGUUAAAUGGCAAAAACAUUCAAUUUACGGAUGAUAUGUUGAAAGUGCAGUUGUACGAGUUGAUAAAGCUACACAAGCCUGCUAAUAUUCGAUACCUUAUCGACGAUAUGUUCAAAGCUCGUGGUUUUGACGUUCUUAGGCUCCCUCCCUACCAUCCUGAGCUAAAUGCGAUAGAACUAAUCUGGGCAGAUGUGAAAAAUUGGGUAGCAUCUCACAAUGUGACAUUCAAAUUCAAUGAUGUCGAACGUUUGACAAAAGCCAAGUUUGAUUCAAUGACUGUUGUUGAUUGGGAAAAGAAAUGUGAAAAUGUGAAGAAAUUCGAAGACAAUUUUUUCGGAAAUCAGGCUCAACUACAAAAUACUGUCGAAUCAUUCGUUAUAAAUCUUGGAGUGGAAUCAAGUGAUGACGAGGACUUUGAAAUGAUAGAUAGAAGCGAUGACAGUGAAGAUGAUAACAGGGACAUAUUAUGUGAGGUCUAG